AAUUUUUUGCUCACCCAUAAUAUAAAGGAUGAUCUAGGUAGACGACCUUGCAAGGCAAAUUAUUGGCUCAUACAAGUGAUACAACCCAUCUAUCCAUUUAAAAAUACUUCGUAAUUCAUAACACUUUAAUUUUAUAAUUAAUGUUGCAUUAAAACCUUAAUCUACAACAAAUUUUCUUACAAAAAAUAUUGAAAAGAUGAUGCUAUUUAUUGAUAGUCACCUAAACAAAAAUACCCCUUUCUUGAUGACAAUAACCUUCAAAGACUUUGACAAGUCAAUCCCGCGCAACACCUUCUCCCUUUACAAAACCCCUCCAUUCUUUUACUCAUUCACUCUCUCUCUCUCUCUCUCCCUCUCUCCUUUGAUCCUCUCUUCAAAACAAAAACUCAAAACUCCAACCAAAAAAAAAAAAAAAAAAAAAAAAAAACAAAAAACAAAAAUGUUGUUUGAUCGAACAAGUUCAUCAAAAGAAUCAAUAUCAACUUCGACUUCACGUAGUUGGUCGAGCUCGAACUCGAGAGUACUAGCAAUCGAAUGCAUUAGAGGGACCUCAAGAGCCGACGAAUGGAGUGGGGGAUUACUCCAAACCGGCGACAUCGUUGAAGAGAUUCAAAUAGGUGAAUUGAUCCUACGAUCACCGUUUAAAGAUGGUAACUCAGGUGUUCAGAAACAACUGCAUAAGUGCUUCAAGAGCAAGGAAACUGCGGUACGAGUUCGAGUUCGUCGUGGUGAGCUUGACUCUGCUGUGUUGAUUGGUUGUAUUGUUCCUGAAGGGAGGAAGAAGAAGCAGCAGUAUGUGUUGAGAGCUAUUGAUGAUCCUAACUAUGCUGUUGCUUUUAUUGAUCGUUCUGAGACUGAGUGCUUACAAUUACAAGCUUCUAGGGACUCCAGGUUACAUCAUACGUUAAACAGUACUCAAAUCGAAGAUGGUUAUGUAGCAUAUCCAUGGGAACGGAAGAUGCAGACAAUGCUACGAGUCCCUAAUUCAAGCAGUUUUUUCUCUAUCCUGUUUUUGCCAAAGGCUUCGGAAACAGGACGUGGGCGCUAUAAUGAUGUGGAAGAUACUCUUGCUAGAGCCAAUGCAUGGCUCAACGCGGCUCAGGCAUCAGGGGUUCCAAUAGCCUUAACAAAUAUACAGACAGAAUCUUUACUUACAAAGAUUUCUGGUGAAACAGCUUCCACCACAGUGAGCACUUCAUCAUUGUCAGAUUUGCCAAAUCUUGCCAAUGCAAGCCUAUAUGGAUUUGAGGACUACCACGGAGUUGACAUUGGAGUUGUCAGAGCAAUUCGUCUCUGGUACUCUCCCAUCCAAGAGUACCCGAUUGAGAUUGACAUAGAAGAGGGUGAUGUAAAGCUCGGGUUUGCUGUAAGUCGCACUGAAGAGGGAUUUAUAUACAUAUCAUCAAUUCUGGAAGGUGAUGGAAAUGUCCCUUCUGCAAGAUCAGGCCUCAAUGAGCUGUAUAAAGAAGCAUCAAGAGACUCUAAGCUUCUAGUGAUAUCGCGAGUAAACAACCAAAAAGUCCUUCCUUGGAUUGUUUCUCCAUCAAGUGCCAUCCAAUGCUUUGAUACCGUUUCCCUUAGCCAGAAGCUAUCCUUGCACCGCCAUGCUCGAGCACCCUUGCUUUUCCAUGUUUUGAUGCGGGACUCACAAUUUGCUUCUAACUCUCCACGAUCACAGAGUGGCCCUGCUCCAUUAGCUUUGCCAUUUUGGCCUAAUUCUGAUGGUGAUCAAAACCAACCUCCUUCACCACCCUCGAGUUCCCCUGGUGCUGGACUUAAUGGUGGUGGAACUGAGAUAGGAUUGGCUAGAGAUACAGCAGGCGAAGAAUCUUUCAGAUUUCAUAAUUUCGCGCUGCCUGCCAACUGGGUGUAAUGUAUGCCUUGAAAGUUAUGUAUGGAAUGAAGCGUGUGCAUAUGAUGGCAUUGAUAAUUUGACAUGUCCUUAAUUAGAUCUUAGUUGAUAUAGCAGUGCCAAAAGACUAAAUAAUUUAGACAAAAGUGUGGCAGCAACAAAUAAAUUAUGUUGCUGCUUGUAUAUACAGGUGAGUGGUGGAUGGAUUUCAAGUUCAGUCUUCUGUAAAUGUGAUAUGUAAGUGUUAGUGAAUUUGUGUGA